AUUUAUAAAAUCACUGUCCAGCGAGUUCGGACGACUAGUAUAUUUAUAUGCGUGUCCGUAGCGAAAAUAUUUUGUUGUCAAUGUUCGCGCGUGGCAUUACAACGCCGGCGCUUCGUUCGUAAACAGUGAUCGCAAAACAGUGAAGAUGCAUGCGCCAGACGAAGUUCCUAGUUACCCGCCGCCGCCGCCCCCCAAAAAGCUGAGCCGGCCGAAGAUAACCCUGCAAAUACCAGAUGUCACGACCCCAGUUACGACCCCUCGAGGACCCCACACGGCGACGUCAAUGGGGCCGCAAUACUGGUCGUCUUCGAGAUACCGGGGGCGGCCUCCCACUACACCAGGGUCGCACAUCUCAGACCCUCAUGGGAACCCGUAUUUCAACCCCUUCAUGCACAUGUACCACAAUAAAGCUUCGGAGUACAUGUUCAAACGCUUCGAAGGCUUCAAAGACUUUACAAUGAACACUGCUAAAAGUGGAUUGAGUGCUGGUGAAAAGUCCGCCUUCUGGUUUGUGAAUAAACUGAAAAUAUUGUCGAAAAGGUGGUUCACGCAUUUGUUUUUGACUCUGUGUCUUGUGUUGUAUAGUGUUAUGGGUGCGGCGAUGUUCUACGCUCUGGAAGGUCCGAAUGAGAAACAAGAACAAACAAAGGUGGUCAACAUAACUAUUGGCGACGUGAGAAGAGAUGCUUCGGAGAGGAUACACGGGUUGCUUCAAGAAAAUCAAGACUACUCACAAACAGUUGAAUCACAGUUUGUCCUGUCGGGAAUAACUAAGGACGAGACCAAGUUUUACUACUUGGUUGCGCAGUUAGACCACCAAUAUGCCAUCGAGGUGAAGGACAUCAUCACCAACCCGCCUCCUACGGAAAAAUACGAAAAGCUGAAGUCUGAACUAAUUAAACGACUUUCAGCUUCUCAGGAAAAGCGGAUUAAGCAGCUGCUGAUUCACGAAGAGCUAGGCGAUAGGAAGCCGUCUCAGUUCCUACGUCACCUGUCGGGUUUGGCUGGUCCUUCGGUGUCUUCUGAUUUCCUGCUUACUCUGUGGUCCAGCAGGCUGCCACAGAAUAUCCAGACGGUCAUCNGGAUCGCAGAGUUGACCAGGCAAGUGGCUAUACUGACCAGCAGACUUGAAGAUUCCGACAAUAGAUCACGUUCGAGAUAUCAGAACAAUCGUUACAAUCGCUCACGCAGCCGCUCCAGAUCAAAGCAACCACCACCUGACCAUCCACACUGCUUCUACCACUUCACAUACGGCACUAAGGCGAAGAAAUGUAAGCAGCCUUGCAGCUUCCCCUCGGAAAACUCCAAGGGCGGUCGGAAGUAG